AUGCUAUCCUUUCUCAAAUCGUCAAGCCGAGUCGAGAAAGGGCGGAAAUCGUCGUCCGACUCGAAACUCGGCGAUUCCAACCGUUCCCGUUCUUCCGACGGACAAGAAGACAAAUACAUUGAACUGCAAGCCGUUCAUGAUGCUCCAGAACCAGACCCCAAGUACUGUUAUUUGCAAUUCAAGAAGGGCGAUCGAUUGAAGGUCAUUGAUUCUCUGUCGGUUACGCUCGUUGCUGCGCGCUACAGUAUUCUCUCAGCGCUGAUUCACCACAUUUCGUUGGGUCAGAUAUGAAACGUCGAUUGGUGGCUCGCCGAGCAUUUGGUGACAGGAGAAAGGGGCCAUGCCGCCAAGCUUCAUGCCGUCGAGAUACCAGCACUAUAUCAACAGCCGUGGUUCUUCUUCGGCUGGGACGCCACACUAACGAAAAAGGCUUUUGACGAAGAUCCAAAAAAACAUGCCCUCCACCUGGUCCACCCCUACGGCACCGAUGGAUAUGCGGUGGAACUGAGGAGAUUCGACGGGAAAUCCCCAAUUGUCACAUAUCCGAUCUGUCGCAACGAGAGUGGAUAUUACCUACAGCCAAAACCGAAAUGGUACCGGCCGACCGUCAUCGAGCUUGUCGAACUGCACCAAAAAUACCACAUAUUGAAGACGCGACUGCGGAAUGUGUACAAGGAAAAACCAAUUACUUAUGGCCGGUGGGAAAUCCCAAGUCGCGAGUUGCUGCUUGGUGACGUCAUCAGUAAUGGGGCCACAUCUAUCGUUUGCCUCCCCGUCACCCCAGUACUAAUGGUGCUUGAAUGGAUGUCUGGUGGAACACUCGAUCAAUUUCUGAAGAAGAUGGCCACCCCACCGGGAACGGAAAGAGCAAUCGAUAUUCUUAUACAGAUCGCUGCUGGUAUGGAGUAUCUAUCAAAGGCCGGAAAGGUCCAUGGUGAUCUGGCUGCUCGAAAUGUUCUCGUUGAUUUGAGUGGCGAAGACAUGUUUGUAAAGAUCACCGGAAUGGAUCGUGUGCGGGAUAUUCCAAAAGAUAGCUACUGUCCAGCAUCUGGCCGUAUCGCGUUUGCUUGGAGUGCCCCAGAGGUGUUGAACAGCAUGCAGUUCACCAGCCGCUCCGAUUCGUGGUCAUUUGCCGUGUUGAUCUUUGAGCUGUUCUCGAUGGCAGAGGCGCCAUACGAAAAAGAGCUUGGAAAGGACAAAAGCCAGGCGCCUGCCCUGUUGUUGUGGAUCUAUCGGGGGAAUCGUCUCCGGCGACUCGAACAAUACACCGAUUUUUUGUAUCAGGAGAUCGUCGAACCGUGUUUUGAGUAUAACUGGCGCAAGCGGCCGACAUUCAAAAAGAUUCUCGAACUACUCAGGGAUCCGCCACCCACCCCGCCGCAGAGAUUGUCGCCCGGCACACCGCUGAUCAGACCGAGGUCCUUAUUUGGAGAGGAUCGAUGGGAGAUCAAGAAUGAUGAGCUGGCCAUUGGAGACUUGAUCGGAAGCGGGAACUACGGGGAUGUGCUUAUGGGUGAAUGGCGUGGGAUAAUAGUGGCUGUCAAAAUAGUGCGACCUGAUGCCACACGCAAAGUCAACGACGAAUUCAAAAAGGAAGUGCAGCAGCUGAAAGAUGUGACCCAUCCGAACAUCGUUCGUCUUUACGGGGUGGUGACUACGGAGAUUCCUAACAAGAUCGUCACCGAAUUCAUGUCGGGCGGCUCGUUGCUUCAUUAUCUUCAAAAGACUGAGGCUAAUAUCUUGCAAUCACAAGCUCUCCACAUUCUUACCCAGGUGGCCACCGGGAUGGAAUACCUGACGGACCGAGGGAAAAUCCAUCGAGAUUUGGCGGCCCGGAACGUUUUGAUUGAUAGUGAUCGCCUGGUGGUUAAGGUGGCCGACGCG